AUGUACGGCGAUGACCCAGAAACGAGCUUGGACGACAUUUCCCUAGGACAAGUCCAAGCUCAAAGAGAUGUUGAUAUGCCACUCGCCACUGACACGACCUAUCUCGUCGUCGACACCAAUGUCCUCCUCGACAAGCUCUCGCUGCUUCAACGAUUCAUCGACGACGUGAAACCCACGCGCCAUUCGGUGCUCCUCAUCAUCCCUGGCGCUGUUCUCAACGAAUUGGACAAGCAGAAGAAGACAGAGAGGCUUGGGUGGUUCUCGCGGCGAGCUUCAGUGUGGAUGGUCAAGAUGGUCAAGGAAAGACCAUCGUAUCUUCGUUGUCAGCGCGAUGGCGAAACGUGCAAAGUUUCGGGGAAUUGGAGGGUCAGAGAACCUUCGGAGAAGUUUGGCCAGGAGCAAGGUCGUUUGAAUGAUCGACUGAUUUUGGACUGCGCUCGGUUUUUUGUACGACGCGGGCGUACCUGUCUAUUAACGGGCGACCAUAACUUGAUCAAUGAAGCCGAGAGCAAUGAAGUGAAAGCCAUCUCUCCUUCCAGCAGCCACGAUCUUGCGCUUGUGUUGUUCGGGAGGGCUCUCAAGGAGUUUGCGGCACGUGAACCAGAUUAUGCUGGCCCCGGGAGCAUCCAGGACGACGACGCGAUGGAUGUUGACGACGAUACCAAAGUGAGCUACGAGCAGGCGAGCGAUUUGCUGCAUAAGCAGGUCAUCAACCAUUUUACGGGAUUGUUGGUGGCCUUGGUUAGUCGGAUAGGCGGGCCGGAGCUUGAAGACCCUGCGACUGCGGACGGAGGGACUGUUGCAUCUAGACAUGCGCCGAGAUGGAGAAACUACGCGAAACCAAGCAGAAUGCGCCGGAGAAGAGCUUUGUUCGCGGUUCUCACCUUGCUUGGCCUGUUUCUGUUUGGCACGGUCGUCGUUCUGAGCUCGAUAACAUACUAUCUCUCUAUCGACCCCAGCGCCUACCUCAAUGAAAUCGAGGUCCCUUAUACCGACCCGUCGUUACGCUGGAAUGCCACAGAGCACGGUCAAGUCGAGCGCAUACCUCGCAUCAUCCACCAGACAUGGAAGACCAACUCCCUGCCCGAGCAGUACCAACAGUAUUCCGAGGCCUGCCGUGCCAUGAUGCCCGACUACGAAUACAUGCUCUGGACCGACGAGAGCUCACGUGAAUUCAUCGCGCGUCACUAUCCGUGGUUCCUCAACACGUUCGACGACUACAGCUACGCCAUCCUGCGGGCUGACGCGAUUCGCUACUUCGUGCUCUACCAUUAUGGCGGCAUUUACCUCGACAUGGAUGUGGGAUGCUUGCGUCCGCUCGACCCUCUUUUGGUAUACCCGGUAAUCCUCCCCAAAACGAUUCCUGUUGGUGUCUCCAACGACCUAAUGUUUGCGCAAAAACACCACCCGUUCUUCGCCCAAACCAUCCACAACCUUGCGACAUUCGACCACUCCUGGAUCCUGCACUACCCGACGGUUAUGUUCUCAACGGGACCGAUGUUCUUGUCGGUCCAGUAUGGCAUCUUCACUGCCCAGCGGGUGUCAGGGGGCAAUGUCCGCAUUUUACCGAAGGCGCUAUAUGGCAAGAACGCUGAACCUGCCCCCCACUCGUUCUUUUCGCAUUACUACGGCAGUAGUUGGCACUCGGACGAUGCUGCAUUCAUUCAGUUCCUGGGAGAAUGGGGCAAGGGGCUUAUGUGGAUUGGACUUGCUCUCCUGAUCGUUGGCACAGCGAAGGUUUGGCCCAACAAACAGCGGCGGCGCAAUCUAAGGAGAAUUGGUGGCUAUGAUGUUCUCUUCCCGCGCCGUUCGGGACGAUGGCAAAUACAUCUGGGUGAGCCAGCCUCUGGAACUUCGACAUCACUACCUUCUCCCGAUGGUAGUGAGCAAGGCUUUGAAGAUCUCUCUGUGCUCCACCUCCCAAUUCAUGUACAUCCAUCUUCGCCAACAGGGUCGGAUGUCUCUAGCGAUCAGCUGCCACCAUAUGACACCGGCUCCGUUUUCGAUGUUGUUCGCCGCCUUCGUAACCGCUUCGUAACCAUGGCCGGUGGUCGGCCGAUUCCCCCGCCACCACCGCCAAUACCGCGGACUCCAGUACGCAGACGCCAGCGCUACAACAAUGGCGUGCUUUUCUUUUUGCCUGCCAUGUUUGCCCCGCCGUCUGAUAUCGAGCUGGGUGCAUCGUUUUCGAGGGCGCAGGCUGUGCAGCCUCCAGUGCCGCUGGUCACGCAUCCUUAUUCGCGCGGUGAAAAGCAGCGCUAUGAGGAGGAGUACUAUGCAGAGGCGUCACCCGUUGAGCUCCUCACUGACGGUGUGGCCACUCUGCGCUCUUCUCCGAAAGGAGCGGCACCGCGGAGGUGA